AUGUCAUCACGCGAACGGCACACCAGAGGCUCACACCACGGUGCGUCUCGUUACUCUGAUUCCGGCUUCAGCUCCUCGUCCGGCCGCCAGGCUAAUCCCGGCAUUUACACAGAGUUUGACUCCCGGCUUCAAUUUCACAACCUGGAGGGCCUUCAGGACGCCUACAGACAGCUCUGGGAUGAGAAAGAGAAACUCAAGGCCAGCUGCACCCGAUACGAAAGCGAGCUGGCAAACAAAAGGGCCCCAACUCCUGAGAUGGAUACUAUUCGCAAACAACGUGCCACCAAUGACCAAUUGACCGAUGAAAUCGCCAAGCUCAUCAAAGAGAAAAAGGGACUUGCUAAGGAGAUUGAGACUCUCCGCAAAGACAAUGCUGGUCUACUCGAGACAAUAAAACAACGAGAUGCCAAGCUCAAAGCAACUGAAGAAGAUCUCGUGGUAGCCCAGGCCAGAAGCGUCCGCUACAAAGAAGAAAGGAACGCAGCACUUACUGCGAUGGAUGGGAAAAUCCGAAGCGGCUCAUCCGGAUCCUCUAGCGAUCGCAAAAAGGAAAAGGAGAAAGCAAAAGAGGAGAAGGCACGUCUUGGCCAACGAUUUGUUCGUGAAGACAACAAAACCGUUGAGCACACCCUGCCGACACGUCAACGGCGGAUGAGCCGCGUCGAAAGAGAGCCCCCUUACAUCGAGGAUGAGAUGUUGCCUCGCACGAGUAACUACUCCACGACUGCAACAACAGGAGGCUCAAGAAUGGCCUCUACUGGCACAACCUACCAAGCGCCUCGAUCUCAUACCAUGGAAGCCGCAGCAGAUAACUGGAAUGCUCGCCAUGUGGACAAUGGGAUGUACAACCCCAUCCCGAUCCCUCGGCAAAAGGGAUCCAAGUAA